AUGGGCUUAGUGCUGUUCGCGGACACAGUCAGCAACCUGCGCUGCAGCUGGGUCGAUUUUUCGCCAUUUUUGGUAGCGUGGAUUGGCCAAACACUGCACGGUCCUUUGUCGUGCGGCUACCAUACCUUCAUGUGCAUGUCUCCAACUGUCGCCAACCGCUGGCGCAAACUCGACCUCACCUUCAUCCUCGUGCUCAACACCUGUGCCACGUACGCACUGUCGUACUUCACCUUUGGACUGGUGUUAUCAUUCCUGUGGACGGGUCUGGUGGCUACAGUUGCCGUACUGGGCAUCCAGCGGGUACUGGCACUGCAGCCCCGGCAGCAGCUGGAUCGGCGGCGCAUUGUGGGCAUGAUCGGUCUGACGUGUUUGGGUUAUUACGUGCCGUUGGUGGUCAGAGGAAUGGCGGCCAUGGCGCUGCAGGGCAAGAUGUGGCCCGAGCUGGGUAUCGCUCUGGUGGUGCUGAGUUGCCACCUGGGCGGGGCCCUGGUGUAUGCUACUCACUGGCCGCAACGGCACUUCCCUGGAGUGUUCGAUCUGGCGGGCUUCUCCCACAACCUGAUGCACAUCUUCUGUUUCACGGCCUACAACUGCGCCUACCCCUACCUCUCCUAUUUGUACAGCCAGAGGGUGGAGUGGGCCGCAGCUCUGAGCUCAGCAGUGAUGACAUCCAGUGCUGCGACAUCAACAAUGACAACCUCCUCCACCUCCACGUCCACUUACAUGUCAACUGCCGGGGCCGCCGCUGCAGCGGGCCGGGACUCGGCCUCCCUUCGUUUCGUUUGA